ACUUUUUUAUAGUACUAUCAAUCACCAAAAAAAAUAAUUAAAAAUGGGAGAUAGCAACAAUCAAGCAACGCAUUUUGUUUUGAUCCAUGGUAUAGCUUCAGGAGCUUGGGCAUGGUACAAGGUGAGGACAAUGCUAGAGGCAGCUGGCCACUCUGUCACAGCCCUUGACAUGAGUGCAUCAGGGGUGAACACAAAAACACUGGAAGAAGUUGUUACUUUUGAUCAGUAUAAUGAGCCCUUGAUCGAGUUCAUGGCCAGCUUAGCUGAAAAUGAAAAGGUUGUAUUGGUGGGUCAUAGUCUAGGUGGCUUAAACGUGGCUUUUGCUAUGGAGAAGUUCCCAGAGAAGAUUUCUCUAGCUGUUUUUGUUACAGCAUUCUUGCCUGAUACCGAGCACCGGCCAUCGUAUAUGUUAGAGAAGUUUAUUGAAAAUAGCCCAGCCGUGGCAGACGGGUGGCAGAGUGUAGUGUCUUCAACCACGGGAGAUGAGGCAUUCAUGAGGUCCACUGCUUUUAACCUUGCCUCCCCUGAGGAUCUCAGUCUCCAAACGCUUUUACAGAGAUCAGGAUCAUUGUUUCUUGAAAGUCUGGCCAAGGCAAACAAGUUCACGAAGGAGAAAUUUGGAUCGGUUGUGCGAGAUUAUGUUGUUUGUACUCAAGAUUUAUUGGUGGUUCCGUCAUUGCAGCGCUUCAUGAUUGAACACAACGAGGUUAAGGAAGUGAUGGAGAUUCCAGCAGAUCAUAUGGCAAUUGUUUCUAGGCCUAAAGAACUCUGUCAAUGUCUUCUGGAGUUUGCACGCAAGCAUGCAUAGAUUGUUGUUAAAUGCUGCGCUAAUUAUAAAUGUAAUAAUGUGCAACAUUUGUAUCUAGUUCUAGGCUGCCUAUAUAUAUAUAUAUAUGUAAUAGGAUGGCUGUUGAAAUAAAAUAAAGAAGAGAUAGAUGCUGGCUUCAUUUUUAGAUUUUCUCUCAGGAAUAUUCUUAGAAUUGCAAGCGCACCGAAUAAUAAACAAGAUUGAUUUGUAUUUA